AUAGAGAAAGUACAACAUCUCGGACAUUCUAAAAUUUUGAACAAAUAGAGGUAAAUAAACAAUGGCGUGCAUUUUCGACAAUUUCUGGACUCUGGUGGCCUUCGGAAUUUUAUUUGUAUCGGGUGGUCACACGAAUUGGAUCGAUGAAAGUAUUGAAACGCGAGCCGCCGGCCAGUUUGUCACCCUGGACGGAUACUGCCAGCAGACGUACAACAACAACUCAUAUCUCUGCAGGAACCAGUACAGAACCGGUUACGAAUACGCAUGCGCGUCCCUCUACUGUUACGACGAAGGACAACUCCUCGAAAAGUGCAUGUUCAGCAUUCCACCGCCAGACGGCACGUUAUGCGGCAACGGAAAAUGGUGUAACGCGCACAGUUGCAGCGUCAAUAGAAACGCUCGGGUCACUUCCGAUGCGUGCCCGUUGGGCGAUUCCGAAAAUCCGGAUGUUCUGAUGGGCAAAAACUGCCAGGAGCUGUUUGCUAUGCGGCCGAGCUUAUGUCUGCUACCGGAAGUAGGGAACACGUGGUGCUGCGAGAGUUGUGCGGCGUUCAACAGAAGUACUCCAGUCAACGACGCUAACCUUACGUCAACAGACUCGUUUUUCGGACCUACGUUAAGCGCCGACGACGACUGCAAGUCCAUCUUCGGACUCAAGUCGUACUUCUGCCAGACGGACAGUAACUACGGCAAUCGCGACUACUCCGGUAUCUGUCUGAGCAUGCGCUGCUUUAACCCCACCAAACUCACGUGUGAUCCAUUUCCUGCCGGGGACGGCGUCCCGUGCGCCAGCGGCAAGUGGUGCGUAUCCGGUCGAUGUGUCAACUCCAGCUUAGCGUCAGUCGAUCCAGUAGCGGACUGUCUAUAUGGCGAUCAGUACGAGGCGUUCUGCAGAGCCAACGUCGUGUACCCGAACAUCGGCAAAUAUUGUUCCCAGUACGAGGCCGGAUGUUGCGCGUCGUGUCUGCGCCACAAGAACACGUCUUUUUCCGGCUGCGAGUACGGUGACGCCACGCCCGUUGAAUGUCAGGCUAAGAAGAAAGACGGCUCCAUCAAAACCACGUGCCUCAACGACCCCGCUAAUUGCUGUGACACGUGCGCUCACCUGAGCUCUACUGGAAACCCAGACUGUCCGUACGGUGACGUCAAUGUGGCAACGUGCAAUGCGUUGAUGAACGAUACUAACGGACCCGGAAACUGCUAUAGCCAGUCGCGGCGUACGGAGUGCUGUGACUCAUGCGCGGAGUACUACAACGCCACCCACCACGGUUGCGAGUACGGCGACCACUGGAAGGACUACUGCGCCGAGAAUGUAGUCCCGCCCAACGUGGCCACCGUGUGCGGCAAGUACGCCGAUCAGUGCUGCGAGACAUGCCGAAACUAUCGGGACCAAGGGUUCCCAGGCUGCCAGUACGGCGACAUUGACCCCGCCCGCUGCAAGGCGUACAUGGCAGACGACAAGGGCACAGCGAACUGCUACAAUACCGCCAUCCGGUCCAUGUGCUGUCUCACGUGCCACAAGAUUGAGGACAAGAACGCACGUGGCUGUGUGUAUGGUGACAGCAAGCCACGUGAGUGCGAGAGCCAGUUCAACGACACUCUGGGUUACGGCCACUGCUACAAUCUACAGACACAGAUUGACUGCUGUCGGUCAUGCGAACAGGCGAAGAACAAAUCCAUGAACGGCUGCGAGUGGGGCGACAAGGACUUCGCGUUCUGUUCAAGCCUCACCAGUGAGACGGCGUUCCUUUGUUUUCAGCAGAGCGACGCCUGUUGUGAGACGUGCCAACAGUAUGUAGUCUCAAACAACGCAGAGUGUCGCUAUGGUGACAAGAGCCCUGCCAAUUGUCAACUCUUCAUACCGAACGAGGAGGCAGCGCGGACUCAAUGUCAGAUAAGAGGGCUCGACUGUUGUGCGACCUGCAGUCGACUUGGACAUCCGGGACCUGGUGGCCACGUGCUGAGUUCCGGAAGUGCUUCCAUGCUUGGAUAGACACCCGGAGUAUGCCUCCAGCAGACAUCCAUUAUGACAUUGUCCUUGUUCAGAUUUUUUUGUUUGAUAAAGUCAGAAUGUGCUUUUCUGUUCAAA